UUGCACUGGUCAGAAGCUUGUUUACUUUUCAUAAUAUUAGUUUUUGAACAUUUUGACAUUUGAAAAUUUCUGUUGUGGAAAAUGAAUCAAUGCACUCACGUACAGAAACUGCAGUUGUCAAAUAUGCUUAGUUCUGAACUAUUUUCUGGAAAUAUGCUUCUGAUGUUUAUUUUUAUUAAUAUACAUCCAGAGAACUAACUUGAACAAUUGUUCAUAUAAAUGUUUUUUUUUCCAUUAACAAGAAAUAAAUAAUAAAAACCAACAAAGAUUUGCUUCGGUCUAGCUUUUCUGUAAAUUGAACAUUUCUGCACGGACCCAGUUGAUGCACGGAACCGGACGUAUGGCGAGCAAAACUUCCACACGUGUAAAAUGUGAAGCCGGGAUUAUUUAUAUAUCGUGAAUCUUUGAAAAUCCAUUACAGCAACAUUAUUUACAAUAGCACUCAUUCUUAAUUGAAACACCAAGAAAGUGACGAUGGCUGAGAUAGUUCAACAGCGGAUCGAGAAUAGAAUCCCUGAGUGGGAACAGUUGGAAAGAGUGGGACUGUUCACCAAAAAGGAAAUCAAAUCCAUGCUAAAAAGAGCGACAGCUUUGGAAUACAAGCUGCAUCGAUUAAUCAUAUCCAAAGUUGACUUCAUUGCAUACAUUCAGUAUGAAAUCAAUGUGUUAGAGCUGAUAAAGAAGAGACGAUCACGCAUCGGCUAUACUUUUAAAAAAGAGGAGAUUGAAUUUUCCAUCAUCUCGAGGAUCAACAACAUUUUCAAAAGGGCCACCACUAAAUGGAAGAAUGAUCUACAGUUGUGGCUCUCACAUGUUGCUUUCUGUAAGAAAUGGAACACAAAGGGUCAACUCAGCAAGGUGUUCUCCUCCAUGCUUGCCAUUCACCCCGAGAAACCAGCUGUGUGGAUUAUGGCUGCCAAGAGCGAAAUGGAGGACAGAAAUUCACCUGAGAGCGCCAGGCAACUGUUUUUGCGUGCCCUGCGCUUCCAUCCAGAAAGCCAGAAGGUCUACCAGGAGUAUUUCCGUAUGGAGCUGUUGCAUGCUGAGAAACUGAGGAAAGAGCAGAAGGAGCUGGAGAAGGCUGAGAUUGAUGUGGGAGAAUAUGAGUUCCCCCUUGAGAUUAUGAGUGGCAAACUGGCCGAGGUGGUGUACAGAGAUGCCACUACGAAAAUACAAGGAGCUGAUUUCAUCCUAUCUCUUUUGAACAUUGCUGCCAUCUUUGACUUCACUAAAGAACUGCAGGCCACCAUCAUCCAAGACCUGCAGGGCAAGUAUGCUGACCAUGAAGUCACAUGGGACUUCAUGGCCAGACGGGAGCUGGAUGCGGCGGUGGGGGAGGAGCUUCAGUCAGCCAAGGGGCGGGCCUCAGACAUUGCCAGGAGAGAGGAGCGCUGCUGCCAGGUCUAUGAGGAGGGCCUCAACAUGCUCAACACAGAGGCCAUGUGGACGUGCUACGUGUCCUUCUGUCUGGAGAGGUUCAAGAGAAAAACCAACGUCCAUGAGCUGAAGGAGAAGAGGCAAGAGAGGCUGCUGGCUGUACUUCAGCGAGCCCACGACUCCUCACUGCUGAAAGAGGACUUCUACAGGAACUGGGUCCAGGUUUUACUCACGUCAGGAGGCUCUGAGCAGGCCGCCGCAGUUGCCAUGGCAGCCACCCAGCGCCACAGCCAAUCGGUGGCUAUGUGGUGCCUUGCCCUGCAGACACUGCUUGAUCUGGGGAGUGGCACCAUGGGAAAGAUAUUCCAGGACGCUCUGACACACAUCAAUCCCAAGGAGAGUCUUCCCCUCUGGCAGCUUCAGGUGGAGUGGAGCAUGACAUCACAGACUCCGGAGGAAACCGAGGCCCUGUUUCAGAGAGGCCUACGGUCUGCAGUGCGUGCCGUAUCCAUGGACAUAAAGGAGAAGUACCUUGAUUGGUCGUACAGGGUCGGGGGUUACAAGAAAGCCAGAAAGACUUUCACAAGUUUGCAUGAGAGCCGGCCAUUCUCCAAAGCAUUUUUUACCCGAAUGAUCCAGAUCGAGAAAGAACAAGAGACUCCCAAGAUGACUAACCUGCGAGACUUCUAUGAGAGAGCGCUGAGCGAAUUUGGCUCCACAGAUGAUGAUCUGUGGCUGGAGUACAUCAGAGAAGAGCUUGGUCCCAGAGGCCAGCCAGAGAACUGUGGAAGGAUACACUGGAGGGCAAUGAAGAUCCUGGAGGGGGAGAGUGUGGAGAGGUUCAUUACCCAGUACACACUGCUGCAGACUGGACACAUCUAGAAAACACUGGUCCACCUCUAUACAGGUCCCAGAAGUGGACGGGUCCAACAGUGGCGAAACCACUGCAUGUACGUCUGCAGUUAUCAGAUAAGGAAGUAGAAGUUGCCUCACCACAGGUCUGGGGUCAGAUCUGUUGGAUCUUUCUGAUGGUACAUGUUAGGAUUGGGGAUAGAGGAAUCUGAUUGUAGAUCUGUGGUUUAAUGGCAAAGUCUACCUUGAGAUGGGGAAAUCAACCCUGUGCUGUUGCUGUUUAGUCAUAUGGAGCGUUACGUUGUAUUUGAGAUUUCCUUGCAAUUCGUAUGCCACAUGAUGCCAAGUGACCGUAAGUUACCAACUUUUGGAAUUGUUUCCUUUUAUGUUCAGACCCAUUGCAUUCAUUGUACGUUUACCAAACAUGAACUUUGUGCUGUUUGUUGUUAGUCUGGUUUAUAAAGUGUAAGUCAUAUAAAGUUUCUUUUCUAUUGUA